AGGAAAGUACCGCCCAUAGUUGCCUUCCCUCCGCACAUUCGCUCCGACUAUUGUGACGUCACUGCGUUCUAAAAAAGAACCGAGAAAACAAUCGGCAUUGAGAAAAAUAGAUGACACUCUGAUCCUAUUCAAAGUGGGAGAUCUGGGCACCCCGGAAUCAGAUCCAACUACAUAAACAAAGGCGAAGGACUACCGAGAGAACCCUGCUCAGCAAAUAUGGUGUCGCCGGUGACAGUGGUGAAGAGUGAAGGCCCUAAGCUUGUGCCCUUCUUCAAAGCCACUUGUGUCUAUUUUGUCCUUUGGCUGUCCACUUCCAGCCCUUCCUGGUUCAGUGCCCUCAUCAAGUGUCUACCUAUCUUCUGCUUAUGGGUUUUCCUGCUGGCGCACGGGAUCAAUUUCCUGAUGACCCAUCGCAGCGCCCGCAGAAUCUUUGCCGGUUUGAUAUUCUCAGCGAUAGGAGAUGCUUUCCUCAUCUGGCAAGAGCAAGGCUACUUUGUUCACGGUUUGUUGAUGUUCGCCAUCACACAUAUCAUGUAUUCCUCAGCCUUUGGGAUGAAGCCUUUAGACCUGAAAGUUGGCCUUGUGAUGUCCCUGGUGUCCAGUUUCUCCUACACCUUCCUGUAUUCCUACCUCUCGGGCCCAUUCACCUACCUAGUAGCUGUCUACAUUGCCUUGAUUGGUUUCAUGGGCUGGAGGGCCAUGGCAGGUGUGCAGCUGUGCAACGACCUUUGGACUUGGAACAAGCUUUCGGCUUGCAUUGGUUCAGUGCUCUUCAUGGUGUCGGAUCUGACCAUCGCUGUCAACAAGUUCUGCUUCCCUGUGCCCUAUUCACGGGUCAUCAUCAUGGCCACUUACUAUGCAGCUCAGAUGCUCAUUGCUCUUUCUGCCGUGGAGAGUAGGGAUGAAGACAGCUUCAAAAAGAGGAAGUAAAUGUUGGCGCCAGCAGCCCAUCAAACUCUGUUGGGAGUGCUGAAACUGCAACUCAUCCUUGAGGACUUUUCAGAUUCUCUAGCUGAAUCAGCAAUUGCAGAUCUUGCUUCUUUGAAGCAUUAUCUUUAGUGUUUGGCUGGCUUGCCUCUAGUCCAGUUUGCUGGAUCCUGAAAGCCACAUUGGAAGUAUAGAUUGUUCCUACAGAACUUAUAUCUGACCUUUUUCCAUUUGGAAGCUGUGUGUGUGCGUGUGUGCGUGCGUGCGUGUGUGCAUGCGUUCGUGCGCAUUGCAGGGGGGCGGGAAUCUCUACUACUUUGUGGUGUUGUAUAAUACUGGAACUGGUGCUGAACAUUCCAGAAGAAGAAGGCUCAUUUCAGGACAACGUUAAAAAAGAGAGAAAAGGAUAAGCAGUAUACUGGCGUUUAAGAGCCUUGCCUUCAAUAUUGAAUGUGCACUGCAAAGUCAGGUGAAAAUGACCCUUGGUGCUGUCUGACCAAGCCCCAUUUUGCAUAUGUUACAGUACAACUGUGAAACAAUUGUGUGUCUACACAAGGCAGUCCCAGGACCCAAAUAAUAUCACAAGAGGCAUGAACACUUUCUGGGAAUCUCUGUGGGUAGUAAAGCUUGGGCUGUCCCUGGGAGAAAUCAGUCUGAAGUCCAGAUUCAUACAACUAUUUAUUUAUAGGCCAUUCAAAGCCUUUCUUCUGAAUGUGAAUCCUGUGGAGCAGCUGUUGUUCUGCAGACAUAAAAGCAACAACAAAAUGCAACAAUCUUCUCAGGCUUGGGGGGAACCAUGGAAAAUGAAAAUAUUUGUAUACGUGUGUGGGUACGUGCAUGUGUGAGUUAAUGCAGGUGAUGAUACACAGUUAAUUAACUUGUCCAGCAGUCAAUUUCCAUCUUGCAUAAUCUCAAAUAAGAGCACCAAACCAUGAAACAGAAGAACAUCACGAGUGUACUCAAAGUCUAGUCACCAGCUGCUUUCUUGGCUGAAUUUUUUGGCCAAGGAAACCACCUGCUUGUCAGACCUGCUGUCAUCGCUAUGUGAAGGGUCUGGGAAGAACUUGGAUUAAUGACCCUGCUUGGGGACAUCUUCUCCUCCCAAUUUCCAUUCCAAAGUCCCAAACAAAAUCCAUGUAUUGAAAGAGGAAGCAUUGGCAGUGAUGCCUGCUCAGUCACAGGUCCUCUGGUCACUGUGAACGUGAGUGACAUUAUGGAUCUCUAACAGGCAUUAGCAAGUCAUUGUUUCUAUUAUGGACUUGGUGGUUUAUCAGGGAACAAUAUUUAUUUAAAAUGAAGCCAAUGGGCUUCCAUGUAUUUGUGCAUGUGUGAUGUGCCUGUCUCUGUGUAUAUGUGCACAUUAAUAAUUGUGUUACUUUCCCACCUCCUGUAGCCACAACUGUAGAAUCUGCAGGUGCCUUCACACCAACAGCUGCAAUGCGGGUCGUGCUGAGAGGUACAGCCUAUCACCCAAGUGCUGAGAGACCAAUCAACAUGCCACUCUCCUGAGCCAAUCAUUCAUUUUCAUUUGGUCAGCACUGAGUAACUAUGGAGCAGAUUGUCAAGGAAGUGCGGUGUGGAAAAGUUUCACAUUAGCACCUUCCCUGUUUGUUUUGGUUUCAAGUUGCAAAAUGGGUUGGUUUGACCGCAUUGCAGUGAUCAGUCUGAAGACCCCUGGGUGUCUGCCCACCUGAUUGUUUGUUGGACUUCAAGGGAGACUUUGUACUUACUGACUACAAUGUAUUUUUCUCUGUUCAGUUUUCUGUAGAAGCUAGUAAGUAAAGGUCAUGGGCAGAGCAAUCCUAUGGAGGUUGGAGGAGGAAUAAUAUGUGGCAAAGGAGCCACCACUUUCAACGCCCUGCUGGGUCCUUACUACUUACUACUUUUCUUUUUCCUUUCUCUUUUUCCCAUGGAGUGGAGAGGGAGGUCUGCAGUAUCUAGCAGCCUCUCAGCCAUCCUUCCCAGGAAUGUAAGUGUUUAUUUACUUUAAGACGAUGUUCGCACUGUACAUUUAUUCCACUAUUAUUCUACUUUAAACAGUUCUUAGAGUUCCCUGGGAAAACGGACUGAUUGUUAAACCACUCGGGGAAUUGGAGUUCUGUGAGGAGAAUAGCACUCCUGUUAGCACCCUUCACAAACCACACUUCCUAGGAUUCUUUGUGGGAAGCCAUGGCUGUUGAAAGUGGAACAAUAGUGCUAUAAAUGUAUGGUGUGAAUGUGGCCCUAGUCUGAACAAUUAGAAUACACAGCAUACCUUUGGAUUCCUUCUACUGCAUCCUUUCAAAAGAAUUCUGCCCUUGCUUGCAAAAUUGGCUAUGUGGACCUUUUUUCCUUGCUUUGCUUAUCUGUGAAAACUUAGGAAGAACCCCAUAAAAAGAACAUCCUUAUUUUAUUAUUUAAAGGCAAUUCUUAAGCAGUGACUUCUUGAAAGAGUUGCACUACUUAUGCCAAGUUGCUUGCAUCACCCCCCAUUAAUAUCCCUAGAUAAAACUUUCACACACCUCUGUUCUGUCAUUCAGAAACAGUCUACAGCAUACGCUGGUCCUCAAAUUCUAGUUAGGGGAUGCUGUUUCUAUCCUGACAAUCUAGGUGGGCUGGGCUCUUCAGCGUCUGAUGAUUCCUACAACCACUGAGAAAACUCCAUAGCACAGUAGGAGAGCAUCUGCUUUGUAAGCAGAAGGUCCCAGGUUAAAUCCCUAGCAGCUCCAGUUAGGGAUGGGAAAGACUCCUUCCUGAAACCCAGGAGAGAACUGCUGCCAGUCAGUGUGGGCAAAACUGAGUUAGAUGGACCCAUUGACUGAUUCAGUAUAAGGUAGCUUCCUAUGUGCCUGUGGCUGACUUGUAGUGACUGCACAGGCAAAAGCAGCUACUUCUCCCAGGGAUGUUAACGACACUUUGAAUUGUUUGCAAUGUGCUCAGUCAUGAGGUUGGAAGCUGCUUAUAUGACUUUCCCUAACAGUCGGUUCUGGCAAUACGUUGCCAAUCAGUUGAAGAAACUCGGAGGGGUCGUAUCCACAUUACAAAAGUAUUAUUGGGCUUGUACCACUUGAAGCGUUGUGGAACUGUAUUCCCUGGGAGGGCCUAUUAGUUUAAACCUGCGGUAUGAAAAAUACCAGAAAAUUCAAAGUCAGUCAAAACAGUCUGAGAGCACAGAGAUAGAAAAAAGAUUAAAAGUUAUACACAGCCUGAACUUCAGGUAAACAUUGAAACCUGGCAUUGGUAAUGAUUCUCUAUGGGUACAGAACGCCAUUUGUCUUGUAUUGCUAUUAAAACUGCCUAUAUUUUGCAUUGGAAGUCAGAAUAGAAAACAGGCUCUAUUACAGACCAGAAGUGCCAAUGAUGACUGUGAGGGUGUCUGACUUGAGACUUUUUCUUUCGCUCUGAAAGUACUAAGGAUUGUAUUCAACUGAAUCCUGCUCAGAAUAAAUCUAUUGAAAUUAAUGAGCCUAAAUCAGUUAUGUCCAUUAACUUCAGUUGGUCUGCUCCAGCACUGAAUACUACACUAAGCUCAUGAGCCAACUACCAACUAUCCAGGAAGGCUUCUGUGGAACAGUGAAAGCAAGCGAGGGACAACUGGGCCAUCCCAAUGCAUUUUGCUGCUUGGGGCCUCUACAGUCAGCAUACAGAAUCCAACUGCACUGGCAGUUGAAUCUUAGGGUAGGGACAUGCUGGUGGUUGGGCUGACUUCAGUGUGUCUCCAGCUCUUUCCUGAAGUCGGAGACACCCAAUGCUAGUCAAACUCCGCCCCUUUUUACUCCAGACCCUGGGGAAAUGUAGCUCCAUUACAUUUCUCCAUGAAAGCAGCUUGAAGCUGAAAUCAAAACUGUUUGGUAGAUCAACUCGUUGCCACUCUGUGGUGUGGCCAAUGAAAACAUUUUGCUGUAGGUUGGGUAGAGACAGUGACUGGCCCAAUGUUUUGCUCUGGACAGUCCUAAUAGGUCUGAGAUCAACAGCAGGAAAGGGAGAUGUGUCCAGCUAUGGGCAAACACAUUUUAAACCAAAGUGAGAGAAGAUGGUCUGGCUGCUUUUGGAGCAGGUGGUGUGUCUUCAGCCUUAUAUCAGCACUGUCAACAAGACAGCAUCUUCCACCUCACCUGAGGGCAGUAGUUCAAAGGGAGUGGGAGGGUUCCUGUGGCAGCUGCUCCCCCCCAUCUACCAGUCACCUCACUAGGCCUAGUGGAAGGGCUGGCCCUGAUUGGGAAAACAUGGUUGCAUCCUUGCUGAUUCACAAGCUUGCCUGUCUGUCAUACUGUGACACUGUUGUAUUCUGCCAGGCUGGAGGAAUGGAGAACUUUUUUCACUGCCUCAUAGUCAACCUUCCAGGGACACAUGCCAGUGGUGGGCAUGGCCAGAGGUGGAGCAUCCUAUGUAACCCUUAUGGCUGAAAAUGGCAGAAAUCUCUCCAUCUAGGCAAGCAAAAGACAUUAUGACAGUUCAAGGCCACGUUCCAGCCAGGCAAAAGCACUCAAGGGUGGCAUGGAGAGGGGCAGUAAGGGGGCAGGACCUGGGGAGGAGGUGCUGCCUGGUGAAAGCCUCAAAGGCCAAACGGAGAGGCCUAGAGGACUGCAUUUAGCCCAUAGGCCUGAGGUUCCCUGAUACAUACCUAGAGUUUAGCAGAGGUUCAUUUCUAAUCCAGAAUCCCAUCUGAAGCAACAGCAACAACCCAGCGCCCGUACUAUGGCAUAUUUUGCUUUGAAACAGACUGGUCUUUUAGACUUGGCAUGUAAUAAUCCAGGACAGGCAGAUGAGUCCUAUGGUUGUGAAGGUGUCGCCACUUUCCAACCCUGCUGUCUGUGGCCAGAACAGGAGGUGAGUGGAGCUCCUUAUCUUUCUCUUUACCUCCCUCCCCCCCCCGUUUCCAUGCUCUUUUUGUAGUCAAUGGGAGGGGAUUCAUCCUGGAACAUUAGAAGAGUCCUGCAGGAUCAGGCCAAAGGCCCAUCUAAUCCAGCAUCCUGUUCUCCCCCUGGCCAACCAUACGAGAAGCCUGCAAGCAGGACCUGAGCACAACAGCAUUCUCCUCACUUGUACUCCCCAGCACUGGUAUUGCAACAGAGAGAUACAGUGCCUCUGAUCCUGGUGGUAGGACAUAGGCAUUAUGGGUAGUAACCACCAAUAGCCUUAUCCUCCAUGAAUUGGUCUAAUCCCCCUUUUCAAGCCAUCCAAGUUGGUAGCCAAUUUCUAUAUCUUGUAGGCUGAGUCCAGAGCUUGGAAAAGUUACUUUUUUGAACUACAACUCCCAUCAGCCCAAUCCAGUGGCCAUGCUGCCUGGGGCUGAUGGGAAUUGUAGUUCAAAAAAGUAACUUUUCCAAGCUCUGCUUGUAGCAGUGAAUCCCACAGUUCUACUCUGUGAUGUGUGAAGAAGUCCUUUCUUUUGCUUGUCCUGAAUCUUCCAACAUUCAGCUUUUUUGCAUGGCUCCAGGUUCUACUAUGAUAAGAGAGGGGGGAAAACACCGCUCUAUCCACUUUCUCCACACCAUAACCUUAUACAUCUCUAAUGUAUUUUCCCUUAUUCGCCUUUCUCUGAACUAAACAGCCCCAAAUGCAACAACCCUUUUUCACCGAGGAGUUGCUUCUGCCCCUUGAUCAUGUGAGUUGCUCUGAACUGUCUCCAGCUCUACAAUAUCUUUUUUUGAGGUGGGGGUAACCAGAAUUCUACAAAGGGGCUUAGGGUCCUGUGGGGCUUAGGGUCCUGCCCCCCUCAUGCCAGCAAAUUGCCCCGUUUCAGGGCCCCACCACCAAAACGUUGCUGGCAGGACAGUGGCCCCUGUAGAGCCUCCAAGAGCAUGAGGGCUGCCCUGUGGGUAGCCCUCCCACCCGGUCAGCAGAAUGGCAGCUCUGCAUCUGAAUGUAGUCUGUAUGUCGGGUGUUGGAUUGCACCCUGCCUUGACUACAUCCGGGAUUAUGUGGGUUGUCGCAUGGAUAUGAUUGAACACGUAGAAGGUCGUGUUUCAGGGCAGUAUGCUGGGAAAUCUUUUAUCUGCCUGGAGGCUAUGUUGCUCUCUUACCUGACUGUUUAUAUUAUAGGUGGUAUUCUACCGCCUGCCAUCAGCACAAGGAUGACCACUAGUGCAAGGGACUUCCCCAUCUUCUCCUGUGCAUGCCCUACUCCCUCUCCAAAUCUGCCUCGGAGGUUUUGGGGAACCCCUACAAGAGAUUUAGGGGGUGCACAGGGAGAGGAGAAGGGGGGAAGUCCCAUUGCAUUUUUUUCCUGAUCCAAGGAAAAUUACUUGGCUGACUAAUUGUAUUCCAUUCUGAAUUAGAGUUUUGCUGCCUGAACCUGGUAAAGCACACAGUCUCAAUUAACAUGUUCAUAUAUAGUAUAUGAGUUUGUGUCUCUCAUGCUAUUUAUAUGAACAACUGAUUGUUGUUAAGGAUGGUGUGAAAGAGAAGGAGAAGCACUGGAAAAGCGAAUGAGCAUUCUGGCAAAAAGAAGGAUUUACUAUCAUGAUUGAAGCAAGAAGCACUUCACACAGAUGUGAAUAAAACAUCUGGGUGGUCUUAAUGACUUGCUCUUUUAAGGGGUCCUUUUGGGUCUGAGUAACAUGCAUUCUCCGCAAUAAGAUGCGAUCUUGAUAUACUAAUUGCUCAAUCUCUUGUUCUUCUGGAAUCUACUGCUCACUACUCUCUUCAUUUUAGUACCAUGUUGAUUUUAGAGACCAUGGCGUGGUAUGCAGAGAGUUCCACAAGCAACAAAUGGGGGGGACGUGAGGUUCAAAAAAUUCUUGCUUUGUUUGCAGCAUGAGGACAGUGAUCCUAUCCAACCUUAAUAUUACCCAAGUUAGCUGCUUGUUUCAGAAGGGCUCUGAAAUCACAGAGUUGAGAAAUAUAAUUCAGCUUGUGUAAGCAGGGUUCCUGCCCCAUGCAAUGCACCCCCAUGCACUGACCUCUUCCCCCCUUUCUUGUACCACUCCAUCAGCAUCAGUAGCCUCCCUCUGGAAAAUGCCUCACUCUGAUGAAGUACCCUAGGGAGUAUGGUUGUCAGCUGAAUUUCAUUCCAUUAUAUUUAGGUUGAGGGCUUUUCAGGCUGCCCAUUGUAAAUACUGCAUAAAAAUUCACCAAUGGGCAUUAAGUCAUAAUUGAAAGCUCCUUUGCUGUUUGCUGGCAAGCACCAUCAGCUUGUUUAUCCAGAUGCUAAGCAGAUUUCAUACCUAUCGCUUCCCUACUGCAUUCACUGGUGAAGAGGCUUUUCCUCCCUUAGCACUGUUGCCAGAAAUCAUUUACUUUAACUUAUUUUAUUUUAGAGAGCACCAGAACAGAACAGAUGGCCACUUUUUUUCAUUUCAGGCCAUCACAAUUCCACAGGCCUCAGAAACUUCUUAUAGGAUAGCUCCACCACCUUCUUUUCUCAGUUUGAUCUGGCAACCAGACUACCAUUAAAAAAGAGCCUGUUUGAAAUAGUUCCUAGUAAUGUGCUGCUGCUGUUAAUACCUUCAUCAGAAAGGAUGUACUUUAUUUUUUAUUUGCAUUUAUGAUGGGGAAAAUAUUUAGAAAGAAGGGCUUUCAUUGCUUGAAACAUUGGCCAAAACAGAAAAAUUGAGGUUUGGGAAGAAAUAAUGGUAAAACAAGAAAAACAAGGAUAGCUCUUUUUAAAAAAUAUUAUUUUGCAUGUAGUAUACUACAUUAAAAUGGGAUAUAGAACAAUAUAUGCAGAAAACUCAAACACAUUACCAGAAGCAGCUGCCUUUGAGAUAGAACUGUGGUGUUAGAAGGGACCUUGGAGGUUAUCUAGCCCAACCCCCUGCUUAACACAGGAUCUGCAAUGCACAUGCAACUAUAACGUCCCUGGCUAUCCAGCCUCUGCAUAAACACUCCCACAGAAGGAGAGGUCACCCACCUCCCAAGACAGUUUGUUCCAUUGUCAAACAGCUCUUACCGUUAAAGCUUCUCCUAAUGUUCACUAUAAUCUGCUCUAAAUCUGAACAGGCAUUUGCAUGUAAUUAUAUUUUUUAAUUUUUAAAAUUUAAAUCCGCAGCAUUUUAAAAAUGUGUUGAACUUUAAUUAGAGAAAUACCAACAUGUCUAAGAGAGAAAAUGUAUGGUUAUUACUGUUUUUCUUCCUGUUGUGGCUCCUGUCACCUUAGUACCUGUUGAAUGGCUGCCUGUUUCAUUGCUGUUAAAAGGAAUCAGGAACCCAGAAAGGGCAGAAAAGGGGACAAUCCUUAAAAAAAACAACCAACCUGGGGAGACUUUGGCAAUGCUGUUGGAAAAGUCUGAUGGGAAAAUGUGGCUUAUCUGGGUGAGUUUGGAUGGGCCCAUAGAGAUGUAUAAUCUCUUGGCUUUAAUGCUGUUGCAUAAUAUUGUAAGCAUUUCAUUCAUGGGGAAAAUUGUGUCUGGUUAGGGUGAAAGAGCAGCAAAAGGAUUUAACCAGUUGGCAUCUUUAUUCAUGUUGCCUGCAUGGACAGACCCAAUAUGAACUCUGCUGUCCUAUAGAAUUGAAGGGGAUCCCCUGCAAUUCUGUGUACUUUUUUUUACAAAUUCCUUCCUACUCUGCAAAAACUAAUUUGGAAGAAAUAUUAACAUCUGGUGUUUUGGGGGUGAGAUGGGGUGGGAUGUAGAAAGAUUGCUGAAAUAGUAUUUAAAUAUUAUUUGGAAGACAGUUCUUGGGUUUAUUUCUUCUUCCCUAAACAGGGUUCAGAACAGCAAUUUGAUGCUAACAGAUGGUGAGUUCAAAUGGUUUGGCUCCAUACAGUUUCUGAGUAAUUUCUUGUAAAAUGGCACUUCCCUUUUUGUGCACAUUUGUUUCCUUUAUGCUUGUGUUGUGAUUUUGUUGGCAUCAUGUGGGGUUACUACUGACUAAAUGAGCAACACAGUGCUUUGUUUGCACGCUAGUCAUUAGGUAAGAACCAAUAUAAUGGAAAGCAUUACUGUAAUGCAUUUUAAGAUUGUGGCAGUUUAAUCUGUAUUGACAAUAGUGGUAGUGAACUCCUGGCUCUUUUAAAGUAUAGGCAGCCUUAAUUAAUAAGCCUACCAGUUGCUUUUGGAUAAACUUUUUUAUUACUAUUUAAAAAAAAUCUUUUUGGAAGAAAACAAUCCUAAAUAAAGGAUUUGUUUUUGCACAUUACUCUGUUUCCAUAAUCUCCCUAUGGUUUCCACCCUUCUUUGAGGCAGAUUAGCUUCCUGCACCUUUACAAAUAUUACUUUGCAUAGCUUGCCUGUUUUAAUCAUUUUAAAUAUUAGGCUGUUGAGUCAAGGGUAGGCAAUUAUCAAGGGUAGGCAACUGCCUAUCAGGUAGGCAAUUAUGUCUGGCCAUUUUGCCAUUUCCCCUUGUUUAUCUGUUGCAGAGCUCAAAUAAAUGUGAGGGAAAAGUUAUCUGGCAAAUUCUCUUAGCUCAGUUUUGUCGAUUGCAUUUGAAGCCCAUCCCCCAAGAUUACUAGUUACAGAUUGCCCUGGAUUCAGGAUUCAAGAAGAAAUGAUGUAAAAGUGUUCCAUGAAUUGCUUGCUAACUCUUCUGUUUUAUGAUUCAGAAAACAGGAGGUAACAUUCCAGAAACUUCCUUCUGCUUUCAGACUCCCACUUUGGAAUGGACCCCAUACCUGCAAAAGGGUGAUGUGUAGGUUUGGAAAGGAAUGUGUGCGUGGCACUCCUGCACUGUCCACUGGACAUUACUAGUCCUGUAUUUAGGCUGUGCAGGAAACUCAUCUCAGGCCCCCUUUUCUUCCCUCUCCUCAUCAGCAAAGUGAAUAGGACAAGCAGAGCUGAAGCUGAUGUUUUAUCCCCCAAGAGGUCAUGCAUAACCUGCUCUGGGUGCUUGUUUCUCCAGACUGGAGAGUCUUUUUUACUAAUAAUGGUAGGUUAAGAAGAGUAUGAAUAAAAUGCAUGGGUGUGUGUGUGACAGCAACGAAGGAAAUCAUGCUAAAAAAAUUAAUAUUUUAAGUUGGCCAGCAGGGCCACAGCUUCAGGAAAGUUAAGUAGUGCCCCUUAAAGUUGAAGGAGCUUUGCUGGCUUGUAGUAUUUUAAAACCCUCAGGGGGAAAAAAUCAGGCUUUUCUCCAUCUCUCUUCCAUUACUUCUCAUGCCAUUUACAUAUGAGCACUGUAGGGCUCUUAUUUGGAUUUGACAUCAUGGCUAUUUGCAAUGUGAUCACUGGGCUUUACGGAGAAAGAGGAAAAAUACUUCCAUUGUGGAAAGGCAGGAAAAUAAGCUCAGGUCUACAUAAAAUCUGUGAAUCUGGCUUUUGCGUAUAUGUAAGUCACUUAAGCACACAACUAGAUGUACAUUACAGCUGGUAGCUCUGUAAAGGGAUGUGCAUUCCCAGGUGCAUCAGAAGAGAUCUCUUGCAGGUUUAAUGGGGCUUCAUUCAGCAUUGCAACAUGCAGGGGGAUGUGCAUGCAGAUUUGUACAAGCAUUUGUGUCUGCUAUGUGUGUGGACAGCUGCUUCUGCACACAGAUUAUCCUUACUGAACUGUGACAGUUGGGUGCUUCAGGAAAGUGAAGUAGUGCCCCUUAAAGUUGAAGGAGCUUUGCUGGCUUGUAGUACCAGCAGAGGAUCUGGUUUUCUGUAUCUUUUCCUCUGUUAGCAAAAAGUUGAAUUAAUAGUAAUGCUUAUCUAUCUACCUCAAAGGGGUGGUGUGAGGAACAAUUGAUGGUUCUGCAUCCCUUCCAAAGGGGAAGCAGGUAUAUAAGCACUAUUAUUAUGCUACAUCAAACCACAGUGUUACUUUUUAAAUCUUGCACAAUUGUUUGUAAAUCCAGUAUCUGUAAAUACCACUUUGAUUUGGAUAAGCAUUUGAAAAAAAAAAAAGAUUGAAUGAAUGCAACCGCCAGUAUUUGUAAGUACUGAGGUUCUAUACUAAAUAGUAGGUUUAAAGCAAACAUAAAUUAACACUCUAAGGAGAAAAAAAGCAGUCUGUACCUUGGGGUUGUAUGUAACCAAGUCCUACUCAGAGUAGACCCAUGGAAAUUAAUGAGCCUAAGUUAAUCAUAUAUAUUAACUUUAGUGGGCCUACUCUAAUUAGGACUAGCAUGAAUACCAUCCUUGGUUUUAAUUUUGGACAAAAUCCAUUUAAAACAGCUUAGGUGUCCAUAAAAAGGUAAACAACCAAGAGUCACAUAGCACCUUAAAGACUAACAAAUUUAUUAUGGCAUACACUUUCAUGGACAAGAGUCCACUGGAGUCUAUUUCAUCAGAUGCAUGAAAUGGAUCUGAUGAAAUUACCAUAAAAAGGUAAUCUGUGAAUAGGACCUUUCACCUAUGGUUAACAUAUCUGGAUUUUGACCAGAGGUGCAAAGCCAAGGUGAAACCAGCUUAUCUAGCACAUGGAAACCAUAAUGAUCAAAUACCACAGGACUUCUGUCUCUCCAAAUGUUAAUCUUGGUACACUAUAGUAGGAACAUUUAUAACUGGGCUCCUGCUGGAAGGAAGGGUGGGAUAUAAAUCAAAUAAUAAAUCAAAUAAUAAAUAAAUAAAUAAACAAACAAACAAAUAAAUAAAUAAAUAAAACUGCACCAAAUCACUAACAAACAAAUUAUAGUGGCACUUCCAGCCCCCCACCCAGAUUUUUCUGUGUAGGCUCUAAAAUGUGCUGGUCAAAUUGAAUUUCAAAUGAGCAUUGACCCACAGAGGUAAACCCUUGCAGAAAAGUCUAUUGUCAAAAUCAACAGUGUGUUCAGAAGUACACAAUUGCUGUUAAAAAUGUUGGGGAAAGAAACAGGUGAUAUUGGAUUUAUCUGUUGCACCAGGUUUCCUAGAAAACAAGAUGCAAUGGAUUGUGCUUUUCCACUGGGCUGUAUAAUUUAUUAAGAUGAAACAUUCUCAUGAUAGUGGUUCUCCCAACUGUGGGACAGUUCCACCACCACCAUCGAAAGGGAGUGCCCAACUCCAAAGGAGGAGUGGAUCUUGAGGAGGCAGGAGGUAGCUCCUCCUUUUCCUGAUUGCUUUCUCAGGUGGCUGGAGGUGGGGCUGCUUCUGGCCCUCUUCUCAUGGCAGGCUGUGUACAAUUAGUCUGCCAGCCCUCUGAUCCUUAUGCACGUGGCAGUGAACUGCAUUUAUACAUGCUCAAGGAUUCUAUGCACUAGGCUGCAGAAGAUAAGGCUGCUGGUGUCCUGGGAGUGCAGACUGCACAGUAAGUUUAGGAGAGCCUCAGAGUUCAAAAGAUGGAGCAGCACUGUCUUGUGACAUCAUACAGAGUGUUUGGAGAUGGCUGUACAUCUGUGGUUUGUAGUUUGAAUGGAAAGCAGCCCUUGGACAUGGAGUUGCAUAUGACUGGGGUUGGGUAUGCAGUGAAUAAUUAGAGGUUUUGGAUAACAAGAAUUGCACCAUUCUUUUCCAUUUAUGUUUGAUAAUGUAAUAGAGAUUGCAUAGGAUGCAUUUGCAUUAUUUUAUCCGUAGCACCACUCCAAAUAGAAUGUUGGCUUCAGAGGAUUAAUAUUUCCCAGUAUCAAUCAAAUUGGACUCAAUUUACAUCAAACCUCAUCUAGUGAGUGGCAAAUUAUCAUUUUUCGCUAACCAACAAUGUUUUUGCUAUUCUUCAAACAGGGAAUCAGACCUUUUAUAUUGACCCCCGCAGUUUACACAGAAAGCAGUAACAUAAAAAUAGAUCAUAGAUCUCAAAAGGCUGCAAGAAACCUAAAUUAAUAUGAACUCAGAAGCAAGAAACAGAUACAGUACAAGGAUCUUUUCAUGUUCAGUUUGUUUUCUUUUCCGUUUGGAGAAUGUUCUGUUGUGUGCAUUUCUUUUUUUGAUGUAAAACACUGUGUAUGGAUAUAACUAAA